CGAGGCAGCAGCGAGAGCUGUGUUCCCUGCCUCCCCCAGCUCUUGCCUAUGGCGGGAUGUAGCUGUCACAGCCUGUGCCUUCUCAGGGAUGCUUCCCUCCUUUGCAGCCAGCACUCCUGGGGAGCUGCAGCAGCGGUUGUAGGAAGAACAAGGUUUGGGAAAGCUGUGCUCCCAGGUACGCUGGGAAUGUGCAGCUGUUCAGCAAGCCCUUCUGUGUCCUUGAAGGAGUUGUGGUGGUCGAGCAGCUGGGGAGCUGGCAGCAACAGCAGAUAGCGGUUAUCUGGGGAGAUGAAGUUGUUUUCUUUGUUUCGCUUUGCUUUGCUUCUUUAAAACCUGGAGGUGGGUUUCAGUUAGGCUGCUGCUUUCAGUCGCAGUGUUGUUCCAAGUAAUUGAAUUUGGACUAGUAUCUAAAUAUUGUUGUCAGCUUCAUGCUGUUUUCUCUCGUUAAGGGUAGAGGCGUUUCACUUAUGACCUCAAGCUGGGUUUGUACUUUGCUCCCAUGGGAACUAAAAAUAAUAAUUAUUUUGAGAAUAGGUUCUUAAUCACUUCCUUCUUUUGAUGCUCUACUUUUUGUUUAGUAUUUUGGAAGAAUGUAAUAGAGAACAUUUUAAACUAUUUGUGUUUAAAUUCCAGUUUUAAUUGGCUCCUUGAAGAUGUAAUGAUCUCUUGUAUAUUCUUCGCAGUUCCUUUCAGGGAUUUUCCUUUUUUUAUUAUUCUAAAGAAAAGCAUUUGUCCUUGUUUUGCUGAAUGAACAUUACUAGUUUUGUUGCUUUGGCAGACUGUCCAGACACAGGCAGCAACUGAGAUGAACAUUGAGUUGACAGACUUCUUAGUCAAAGGCAUGUGGGCAUUUUGUCAGUGUUAGUGAUGUGUCAGCGUGUUAAUGACUUAUUUCUGAACUGUAAAUGCACACAUGAGAAAUGGAGAAGCCGUGUCUUAACCUGGAUUUGAAAGAAAUGUGGGAAGCUAGUGUCUCCAAAAUGGAAAAAUUUUAAAGGCUUGAAGCUUCAGUGGAGAGAUAAAAUCCGUCUCAAUAACGCCAUCUGGAGGGCAUGGUACAUGCAAUACCUCGAGAAGCGCAAGAAUCCAGUGUGCCAUUUUGUGACUCCCCUGGAUGGCUCUGUUGAUGUAGAUGAACAUCGUCGGCCAGAGGCCAUUGCAACAGAAGGAAAGUACUGGAAACGAAGGAUUGAAAUAGUCAUCAGGGAAUACCACAAGUGGAGAACAUACUUCAAGAAAAGGUUACAGAAACAUAAAGAUGAAGAUCUGUCGAGUUUGGUCAGGGAUGAUGAUGUGGUUCUCUGGCAAAAAAGAAGAUAUAGUAGAGAAACCCCUGUCCCCAUGGAGGAGGGCAGCCUCUUGGAUGCGGAUAUGCUUAUGUCUGAGUUCACUGACACCCUGUUCUCCACACUGUCUUCCCAUCAGUUGGUUUCCUGGCCAAAUCCCAGAGAGAUAGCACACUUAGGAAAUGCUGACAUGAUUCAACCAGGGCUUAUUCCUCUCCAGCCAAAUUUUGAUUUCAUGGACACUUUUGAACCUUUUCAGGAUUUAUUCACACCUAAUCGUUCCAGUGCUUAUUUCCCUUCUGUGUCUGCUGUCAGUUCAAAUACAACAGACAGCAGCAGUCAUUCUUCUCAGUCUCCUGUCCUGCCAUCGGGUUCACUGCCCAACACACUUCCAUCUGGGAACAUCAGCGACGGACUGAUUGCUUCCUCAGUACCUUCUCCUGUCAUUCCUGAUGUUGGCACUGACCAUUGUUCCAGCAUUAGAAGUGGGGGAUCUUUCAUCCAGCCAGCAGACUUUGCUCCUGACUCAUCUCUGAGUGGGCCACAGACUUUUUUGCCGGUGUUUCAGACACCUUUGCCACUGCUUCAACCUGCAACACAACAGCACCAGUCCCCGUUGCCAGCAGUGCCUCUGAAUACUAGCUUAAACUCUCCACCAUCUGCUUUUGCAGCACCAGAAACCCAAAAGUUUGGCCUCUGUGAAUCUACAGUUAUCACCCACACAGCUUCUGCAACGCUGACGCACAAUGCCCCUGCCACCACCUUCAGCCAGAGCCAGAACCUUGUCCUGGCAACACAGCAGCCAGGAGCAGGAGUGCCUUGUAACCUGGCUUUCCAGACUACUGUCCUGCAGGGACAGCCCCGGCCCCAGCUGCAGUCCCAACUGACGUUUGCACUCCCCAAAGCUGUUCCUCUGGCUAGUGCUGGGACAAGGCCCAAACAGUCGCAAAAAAUAGCGUCUGCUCCGAAGCCUGAAACAGUGUCCUUAGUGUUAAAGAAUGCCUUCAUCACCCCAGCUGCCUUUCAGGGACAGUCCAGAGCUGUGAUUGUAACUCCCACACCUUUAAAAAGAGAGGGGAUUUUGACGCCUGCCAUGUCGCAGUCUAAUGUUGCAAUUGCUCCAGCUGGAAUUGCCAGAGCUCCUGGGGUGACAGAGUUCCGCAGUAACAUUCUGGUUGGUCCAGCACAGCAAGCGUCAAGUAGCCAUCAAAGCCAGUCCUCAGUCUCACACCUCUUCUCUACUAAUGUAGUCCAGGAUGUGCUGGUGAAAGGAGAGCAAAUCUCUUCCCACAGUAGCAGUUCACAAGUUCCCUCACCUACACCUAGCCGAGACUGUCAGAAUUCUGGCCAGGCUUCCCCCUGCACCUCAGAGCAGAGCCCCAGUCCACAGUCUCCUCAGAACAGCUGCUCAGGAAAACUUGCCACUGAUUCUCCAAUGGGUGCACUUAAGACUCAAAGAAUGAAGCGUAUCUCAUCAGAACAGAAACGAAGGUUUAAUAUCAGGAUUGGCUGCAGUACCCUGAACAGCUUGGUUUCAGUGAACUCCAAGUCGAUCAGCCAUGCAAUCACUCUCCAGAAAACAGUAGAAUAUAUCGCUAAACUACAGCAGGAAAGAACACAGAUGCAAGAGGAAACCAGGCGCCUUCGGGAAGAAAUCGAGGAGCUAAACGCUGCCAUCAUUUCUUGCCAACAGCGACUCCCUGCUACCGGUGUUCCAGUAACACGGCAGAGGUUUGACCACAUAAGGUGUAUGUUUGAUGAGUACGUGAGAAAUAAUACCCUCCAGAACUGGAAGUUCUGGAUUUUCAGCAUUAUUAUUAAGCCAUUGUUUGAGUCCUUCAAUGGAAUGGUUUCAACAACGAGCUUUAAAGAUCUGAAUCAAACUGCAAUAGCCUGGUUGGAUCAGCACUGUUCCCUCCCUGUUCUGAGGCCAAUGGUGUUGAGCAGCCUUCGGCAGCUAAGUGUAAGCACCUCAGUUCUGUCAGAUCCAUCACGCCUGCCAGAGCAAGCCACUGAGGCGGUCAGCAGGACGAAUGAAACAGCUGGUGAAACCUAACAACCAAAGACAAGGAGUUAUUUGUACAAAGGGUGGAGAACAUGCCAGUCUAGCAGCCUGGUGAGUCUCCUUUCAGUUGGUGCACUUUAGAAAGAAUUCUCUCCAUCAUCAAGAUGUUGUUGGGAGCAUCUGGCUCUGCCUUCAGGAUUUGUUGAAGUGUGAUGCAACGUUGUUUGUAACGUCUUGAUUCCUCUUCAGUGCUGUGCUCUACUCCAUUAAGUGAGAACACCAAGCUCAGGUAAAUAUAGCAGGAUUCAAUCCUGCAGGCAGCAAUAUAUCUCCAUCAAUGCAGCAUGCAUCCGUAUGCAACGAACAUCUUUCUGGAAGACAGCUUCAAGUGCUAAGUUCUCUUAAGUGUAAAUCUUGUACAUCAAAGAAUGUUCCCUUGGAGGGGAAAAAUACUUUCAGUUUUGGUAAACAAAAUAUGCUUUUUAUUUUGUAUUCUAGUGUUGAGUUCCAUUUGUUUUACUUGAAUGGUAAAAAAUUAAAAUUGAACAAGAUCAUUUUAAAAACCAAAGGAGAAAAAUAAUCUGUCAGUGAUGUCAACUUGUGGAAAAUACUAGAAUUAAAAUCUCAGGCUGUGUUUUGUGUAUUUUAAUUUUAAUGAGUGUACCAUUGCAUAUGAUCAGCUUCAAAACAUGCUUUAUUCUGUAGCAAAUAAAGUAGUUCAUUUUUAUUAUUUUCCUGAUAUAGCCAUUGCAAUAAAGUAAUGUGCAGUGAGUGCAAGAAAGCUGUUUUAGCUUACAGAUUCUGCAGUCAGGAUAGACACAUGAAUUUCGUAUUUGUUUAAUCUGUAAGCUGUUUUCUUGCACUCUGCAGAGUUCAUCUGCCUUCCUUAUAAAACGUGCACGUGUAAAACACAUCCAUAGAUAAAUGUCAUAGGGCUGCAAAGACAAAACUUCAGUUCUGAGAAUUAAGUUGGCUUUUAUGUUAUCUCAGAAACUGUAGCAAACCAUACUAGCUUAUAGUCAGCUCUUAGUUUCUUUUGCCUUUUUUGCCUGCUCUUUUUGCCUUCUAUUUAAAAACCUGAAGGACUUAGCCAAGCGUGGUCUGUUUGGGACAGUUAUGUUCAAUAUAAAUUUUAAAACUUAUAAAGAUAUGUUUAAAAUUAGAAAUACUGUACGAUGUUUUUCUGUUGCAGACUCCCCAAGUACUGUCCUUUGCUGUAGAUAAGCUGAGUCUUGUUACAGUUGAGAUAGUCUGUCCAUCCUUAGACAACACUGGAAUAUUCAUUCUGGCCAAUUGUUCAUAUUUGGCCUGGAAUGAUCCUGUGACCCACGUAUUUCCACUUCUUACUUGAUUCUGAUAUUUUGGAGCUAUGCAAAGUUUCCCUGGUACCUCCUCCAAGUAGUUUUCUGACAAUUUGAAAAGCAGGCUGUCUGAAGGCAUUGGGCAGGCUGUCACAGUGCAAACAUGAAGAGUAGCUACUAAAUUUAGGUAUUACACGUACAGAAAUUGAGUCAGUAAUACUGUGUUGAGCCCAAUCCUUCCUGCUUAGUGAGAUGAACCAUAAAAAACAGCAGUAGGAUUUGGGGAUCAGCACUAGGCACAGAGAGCGCUGGGUUUUUUUCCUUCUUGUCCUGAGAUAUUGCAGCUAUUGGCUUUCAUUGCAGAGUUUUCUUACGUGUGAGCAGGACUGUACCAAGAAGAAUACAUCAAAAGUUAGCCCCAGGGUCUGUUCCCAGAGCAGAGGUACUGUGAGUUGUGGAGUGGGGGAGCUGGAAGGGACUUCCAGGGGUGGUGAUUUAAUAAAACAGUGUAUAAAGACUGUCAUAGCAAUUAGUGAAUUAGUUUUCUAGGGAGGGCCCAUAUCCAGGUCUUUCUUACAUUUUAUUUUAUCAAAUAAUAUUAUUUUGGAUGCAUCUGGGUAAAAUAUAUUGGAACUAGAUGAUCUUUAACACAAGCCAUUCAAUGAUUCUAUGAGUUAUUGUAGAAUAAUUUUUUAAUCAGUACUUUAAUCUCCUAUUUUUAUCACUGUUUGUGAGCUCAAUUCCAGUGAAGUCACUUAACACUGUGAUGUGCUGGGGAGUGUCCCUCAAAUUCUUUACUAUCUCACUGAGAUGCCUAGAUAUCUACAUGCAUAUUUGCAUAUUAAAAAUAUGUAUCCAGUUUUCUAGAAGCACUUCAUUAGACAAAUAGUCCAGGAAUAGAUCCACUUGUGUUUUUGCUGUACUUUUCAGAUGAUCAUGUUCUGAGUGACUCCCUUGCAUUAUUCUCCUGCUUGUCAGGCAGUGAUUGUGCCUGAUUUUUACCGUUUUUAACCACAUCUGCAGUUGUGGUUGCAGUUGUAUCAAUGAUGUCUCAACAAGCAAAGUGUGCAGUGCAGCCAUGCCUCAAAGCCCAGGCAAGUAUGAUGACUUCUAAGCUUAGAUCUUAGUGGUUGGAAUCUCGCUGAAUGAAUUGGAAGUCAAAAGGGACCUUAAAGGAGUAGGAAGGGUGGGAAGUAUGAGUGAACUGCUGCAGCUUUUACCCAUUAAUGGUUUUGAUGCGGAUGGAAAAAACCAUCACAGUCAUUGUACUGUGAUUUGGUUACAAUUGGAGGGGAAAUGCUUAUUUUAAUAUUUCUGGAGGAGAAAAAAAGCUCAUGUCACUUUGAAAAGACCACAAAUCUGAACAAAGUGUAAAGGGAGAAAAUCGAGUCAGAGAUUGCUUACUUAGGCAAGAGUGUAGGAGGGAGGGAAGGAGUAGUGAAAAGAUAGUUUCCACGUAGUGCAAUUACCAGAAAUGAUGUGGUAACUCUUUGAAGCAGCGAUUCAGUGUAUUUUCAUCACCCAGUUGUUGCAAAUCAGAAUUUUUUUCUCUUACCCGUUAGCUUUGUGAGGGUUGUGAUUUCAUUUCAUAUGGAAACACAGGAGGAUAAAGCUAUCGUGUAUCUCAUCUCUGCACAUUAGAAGUUCUGAGGACUGGUAUGAAAAGGAAUUGACUACGUAUGUAUUAAUUCUUGCCUAGAUUCCUACUUUGUUAUGUAUUUAAGCUGCUUAGUCUUUCUGCCUUUCUUGAUUGAGGACUCUAAAUAAUAUAUUUCAGCUUUAACAAAACAAACAAACAAACAAACAAAAACAGCACAAAAAGCCAGAACAGCUCACUGCCACUUUCUUUGAUUUAAGCAGUCUAACUUCCUGUGGAUCACCGAAGUACAUUAAGCAAGCAAAACACACUGUGCCUGUAGUCUACACAGAAUUACAGAUGACGCAUAUCUGUCUUCAGGUGGUCGGUUCUGGACUUACAAAGAAUUCCUGUGUGAGCAAAUAUGACUCAUUCAGUCAAAUCCAACAUAUUUUGCUUGGCAAGGGAGUGGCUAGAUAAAAUAUUUCUUGCCUGUGACACAUGCAAGGUCAAAUUGAGGUUGUCUAGUGGUGCCUUCUGACCUUGAAUUAUUUAAAUUGGUACAUUGUAGAGGGUCCCCUCCCUACAUGCAAGUUCUAGAGAACUUGUUAUCUGAUAAACUUAGAAGGAAGUGUAUAAAUCUAUUAACAGGAGGAAUGAGCAGGAAAAGUCGAGGAGCAAACUGUAAGGAAGAAAUUAGUCAUAAAGAUGGAGACAAGUCCUUGCUUCAUCUGGACGCUGAUCUCUGCACAGAAACUGGAUUCUCAAUUAAUACCAGUUGAUCCAAUUGCUGGGUUUUUCCAUGCUUUUCUAGACCACCAGGGAAGCCUUUCUUCAAGACAAGCUUACUAGAAUGCUACCACCUGUGCCUUAAUAUCUUGGGGUCCUGUAUUCAUUUGAUGUAAGUCUUACAUUCUUACCCCUGAUUUGAUGCUACGUGGAAAAUUUGAUGAAAUGGCAGAGCAAGGAUUUCCUUGGUUUUAAAAGAGUGUGAUGCCUGCAUGGCAUUUCAGAGGUUGUGUGCUGAAACUGAGGUGAAAAAUUGUGUGUGGGUGUGUAUGUGUAUAUGUAUGGAAAAAGAUUGCCUCGUUCUUGCUGACUUCUCUAUCCUUCUGUACACAGGGACAUGCCCACCAAAAAGUUUGACAAAAAACUAGUAAAGAUAAAGAUACUUAAAUCUCUAAAUCUGGAAUUGCUUGAACAGUCAAAGGGCAGUCAAAUGGUGUUUGAAAAUAGCAUCCCUUUACUUUGCAUCCUUGUUUUUUUAUGUUCUUUCUUUGCAUGUGUAUGCUUCUCACGAUGGAGGUGAGAGGAGGGGUUGCAUUUUGUUUGCUUUUGAAGUCUGAAGACUUCUGAAGAUCAGCUAAGAGCAGGAGAAGGAAUCUCACUGCAAAAACAUUCAGUAACAUGCUUUAUUAUUCCAAAUUAUUUGGAAGCUGUUCCAUGUCCAAUGGAUAAUUUGCUUGAUGUUCCCAGCUAGAAGAUACUGAUAAAAUAGAGUUGAUAGUCAACUAUUUUGACCUUUUUAUUUCUUUUCUUUUUACCUUGUUCCUUUGCACCUUUAUUGCAAGGGAAAACACCCAAAAUUUGAAUGUUUAGGUGCUUUAGGGCCUACCAAUCUCACAGAAUGAGGACAGAUUUUGAUGACUUGGAGAUUUUUUGAUUAGGUAAGAUAACAGGAAUUUUCCUAUUUCUCUUCCAAGUUAUGUACCUCCAUUUCAGAGAUGAUUUACUUUUGAAGGCUUUCUUGUAUGGGACCCCAGUGCUAUUUCCACAACAGCUAAGGCCUCAGCUUUCCUUUGGUUUCAUUCCUGGAUGGAUUUCAUGCUUAUUUUUGGUGUUAGAGCAGAAGUGGUAGCACCAAAUUGUAGGUUGAUCUGUAAAACUUGAUUCAACUGCAAGGAAAUACACCCAGGUAUGACUUUAGACUUUCUAGCCACCGUCUGAUUUGCUUUUAUAUCUGAACAUUUCCAACAUGAAUAGAAUUUUGAAUCAAAAGAUACUGGUUAGGAAUAAUCCUCAUAACAACAUAAUGAGCAAAUUGUUUAUUUUCUUCUAAUCUUGUAUUUAAAUGUAUUUAAGUGAAUGGAGUUCAUUCUUGUUCAAAGAAAAAGCUUGGAGGUUUGAGGACUUCAGGUUGUACUUUUGCUUUGCCUAGGUUUCCUGUUCUGUUGCAUGACACAACAUCUGUUGUGCUGUUGAUAUGUAGCACUUUUCAGUAGGUCUGUUAUAUUGUGCAAUGCAUUUUUUAUAUUUACGACAAAA